AUGGGUCGUUAUGCUAAGGAACCCGACAAUGCCUCCAAAUCGUGCAAAUCGCGUGGGUCAAACCUUCGGGUGCAUUUCAAGAACACCCGCGAAACGGCACUAGCCAUCAAGCGUAUGCCGCUGCGCCGUGCACAGCGAUUCCUGAAGAAUGUGAUUGAAAAGAAGGAAUGUGUACCGUUCCGUCGUUUCAAUGGUGGUGUGGGCCGUUGCGCUCAGGCCAAGCACUGGGGCACGUCGGUCGGCCGUUGGCCGAAAAAGUCCGCCGAGUUUUUGCUGCAGUUGCUGAAGAACGCCGAAGCGAAUGCCGAUUACAAGGGUCUGGACGUCGACCGGUUAGUGAUUAACCACAUCCAGGUGAACCGUGCACCCUGUCUACGUCGCCGCACGUACCGUGCGCACGGUCGCAUUAAUCCUUACAUGUCAUCGCCGUGCCACAUUGAGCUGUCGCUGACGGAGAAAGAGGACGUUGUAACUAAGGCCACCGAUGAGUCGGAGCUGGCGAAGAAGAAGCUGUCCAAGAAGAAGCUGCAGAGGCAAAAGGAGAAGAUGAUGCGCAACGAAUAAGGCGCGUGAACCGUA